AUGUUCUCACCACGAUACUCUAUUUAUUCACAUUCAUUAAAAGAAUUGGAAAUUUCUUUCCCUAUUGAUGCUGAGAAGGAUUCAACAGUAUUACAAAUUGGUGCUGUUAAUUGCAAAAAAUUAGAGUUAAUUAAAAUUACAUCUAAAGUAACGAAACUUUCUUCAUAUAUUUUCCGAAAUAAUCCUAAACUAGAAGAAGUUCAAUUACCAGACACUGUCAACACGAUUGGCGAAGGUGUUUUCUAUGAGUGUUAUGAAUUGAAUAAAAUCAAUUUGGAUAAAGUAGAAUUAUUCGAUAGUAAAGCAUUUGUCAAUACAGGAUUCAAAACGUUCGAUUUUUCACAUUAUAAAUAUAACUACAUUCCAGAAGAAUUACUUCAUGGCUGCAUUAAAUUAAAACAAGUAACAGGAACAGAUAAUAUUACGUAUGUAUCUUCUAAAGCAUUUCGAAAUUGCACUUCUCUUGAAGAGAUUAGUUUUAAGAAUUUGACCUUAAUUGAUUCAGAAGCAUUUUAUAAUUGUUCAAGUUUGAAGAGUUUCGAAUUUUCAACUGUUUUAGCAAUCGGAAUAAAAGCAUUUUGUUAUUGUGAAUCUUUAGAAUCUAUUACAAUUUCCCAUUUGAUCUUUUUCGGCCAGAGUUCAGAGGCAGGAAUUUUUGAAAACUGCACAUCCCUUAAAAAAGCAGACUUGACAGGUUUAAUAACUAUUGAUAACUAUUUCUUCCAAGGUUGUGAAAGUUUAACUGAAGUAAUAUAUAAUCCUAAUAUAUACUCCUUUGGCACGAAGACAUUUGCAAGAUGUGUUUUCAAAGAAUUUACAAUCCCUGAUACAGUGUCAGUAAUAGGCGAAAAAUGCUUUUCUGGAUGUGAGUCAUUAAAGAAAAUCAUCAUAGGAAAGAGAACGACUUCAUUAACCACAAGCUGGUUUGAUCCGACUGAUCAUACUUUAACAUUCUCUAUCCCAGACACAGUGUUCACAAUCGGAACAAAUGCAUUUGACGGAAUUGAUAAAGUUGAAAUAGAAUUUACUGAUAAUAAAGUUUAUGAUUAUAAAGACCAAUCUCUUAUAAACAAAAUUGAUAAUUCUUUAGUUGUCACAGCAGGAAUUUUGAGUAAAGUUUUCAAAGUUCCUGAAGAAGUAAUUUCCAUUUCUAAUAAUGCAAUUACGAGAAGGUAUUCAGCAAAGGAGUCGAAAUCAAAGCGACGCUUGGAUCUUAAGGAUGCUAGCGAUAAAAUUGCAUCUGCAGCAAUAGUUAAAGUUCAAACGAAUUUAUUAGCAAUGAAUUCUCAAUCUAUUAUAUUCCAAAGUUUCUGCUAUGAUGGAGAUAUGUUUGUAACUGAUGAGGCCUAUAUCUCUUCGUUUAAUAUUUAUACAAAUAAAGAUUAUCUUUAUGAUACUUUUGGCAAAACUGAUACAACAGGGGGUGGAUGUUCUACAAAAUUGAAUGAUGCCUUCAAAUGGAGACACAUUAUUGGUUGGGGUGGUGCAGAAAUCGGUUUACUCGUUGUUCUUUUGCUUUUAAUAAUCGCAUUGAUUAUUGUUCUCUUGCUUUACUUCCUCAAACCACUUGGCUCUGUUGGUGGUGGCGGUGGAGAUAGUGGCAAGAAGGAGAAGAAGAAAGAAAAGAGCAGCAGCAGUUCUAAAAGUGAUAAGAAAGACGCCGACGCAGUUUAA